AUGUUAACAAAAUUUCUCAUUCGUUAUUAUCUUCUCAAAGAUCAAUUAAUUCAAUAUUCUCGUUUGUUCUUUCCGUCGCCAACAUUUGCCUUUGCUGAUCUUCCAGCAACACCAUCAGCAAUACUUCCUCCUCAAUCCUAUUUACCCGAUACAUCGAUAUUGUUAACACAAAAACAUCGUGCAACUAUUGAACGGCGUCGAAUUCGUCGACAUUCCGACUUGCCAAUGUCUUUGAUGAAAAAGCUUGGCACGCCGCGUCAAGAUCUUCAUCAAUGCUUAGAAUGUGGAACAUGGCAUGAGAAAAAAACUAUCUGUGGUCAUUGUUAUGAUCGUAUACGAAAAGAAACUCAACUUCUCCGAGAUUCUUUUUUGAAUAAAGACGAAUGGAACCAUAAUCAUCCUCAACAAGAAGUUGUUUAUGUUUAUAAAGACGAUCAGAAGAUCGUCGAUGAAAACAAGCGUAUUGUAGAAGUUCCACGUGAAAGACCGUCAUGGUUCUCCAAAAAUUUAAUACCGAAAAUCAAUACAACGAAAUAA